UAGAGCAAGUGUACAAUUUUAAUGAAAAAUAUAUAAAUAAACAUUAUAAAAAAUCCGUUUAAACACUAGCUGUUUAGUACUGAAAAAAAUUCCGAGCCAAUUGGACUCAAAUUGCUCUUCAUAAGGAAAAGAAAAUAACCUAGACGUAAAACAUAUUCGGAGAAAAUAUAAAAAAUGAAAUAUUUUACAAAUUCUAAACUUUUAGUGACGUUUAUAUGCGUCCAUUUGGUUCAACACGCAAGCAGUGCGCCACAAGGGUGGACCCAGCCGCGUUUCAACAGCACCGCAGGAGUAGCUACUCAAAAUCGGAAAACCGGCAGUUGGCAGGCAAAUGGAGGCUGGAAUUCGCUACAGCAACAACAACAACCGUCACAAUGGCCACGUAGAAACCAGACCGUAGGAAAUCAAAACUACUACAAACCCAAUAGCACUCGUGGUGCCUACAACAACAACUGGGAACGUGGUAAUGGGUCAUAUCAACCACAAGGCGAAAGAGUUUGGUUAAAUAGCAAUCAAUCACAUCCCUUCAUACAAGUACCCGGAUUUAGAAAUCCAUCAAAUAUUUUUGCUGCUGCUAAGCAACCAAAUCGUAGCAUAUCUGAAGGCGCAGGUUGGAGGCAGCCAAACAAUUGGAGUACUCAAAACCGCAAUGCAACACAAUGGUAUCCAGCAGCACGUCCCAGCAAUAAUUUCACAUACGGUGGACAACUUACGCCAAGCGGAGCCAGCUGGGCAGCACCGGUUAGCCUAGCAGGCAAUACAAAUGGACAUGGCGGUGGGAGUAAUAGCAGUCGUAGCGGCUACACUGGUGUUCCGGCAGUUAAUCAAUGGAACAGCACUGCCUCAAAUCCCGUUUGGAACGCGCGUCUUCCGGGUAACGCACUAGUAGCUGGAGUUUCUGGAGCCAAUAGAACCGCACCAGCGGCACCAUUUGGAAGUAACGCUUUUAAUGGACAAGGCUGGAAUAUACCUAAUAACCCAUCACCAUACGGUAGUGUGAACAGUGGCUCCAAUUCUGAUGCUCAACUGGCACCGUUAGCUGGACAUACAAAUACCGGAAUGAGCUAUGCUAAUGGUUCACAACAACAGUCGCAAUCACGUGGUCCAUAUAAUACUAAUCCCUAUGCCAAUUUAUUCGUUUAACCACCAAGGGUGAUUUUUUUCUUUUUUUUUCUGGUUUUCACCGUUUUAUUGUGAUUAAAAUGAGAUAAUAAAUUAUUCCAAACAGAACAUAACA